AUGGACAAGUGGGCCCCCAUCGCACCCUCGAAUCCCUCGACCUCGACCGCCCAUCUGUCCUCCCGCUUCGCCUCUGUUCUCAAACCAACAAAACCCGGCGCACAUAAUGCCAAGUCCAGCGGGCCUCUCAUAGGGAGAUGGCCUGAAGAUGUCCUCCUCAGGAUAGUGGAGCUGGCACCGGUGUGUGAUCUCCCGAAUAUGGCGAGAGCGAAUAGGGCAUUUGCGAAGAUAGUGAAGGAUGAGCGGGGGUGGGAGUGGAGGUGCAAGCUCUUGGGGCUCAAGCCGGAAAGUAAACCCCCAACUCUUUCUCCUAGGAGAGAUCAAACUCUGAAAACUUCACCACUACGGCCAAAGAAAACAUCGUUCUCCGCUCAACAUUCGUCGCCGCUUAUAGACGACGACUUUGGAGACUUUUCGGGGCAGAACAAUGAUACUUUUGAGGAUGUCGACUUUGGAGACUUCGAAGUGGGAAAAUCUGCAGGCUCCCCCGAUCCGGGCGUGUCUUCGGGGGGCCCAAAAGAAGCCAAUCUUCUCGACUUUGACGAUCUACCACUGCCUUCCCGGCCAACGGGCAAGCAAGGUGGCCAGGCGAGAACAACAGGGUUCUUUGCUCUCACUCCUUCGGCUCCUCGGCAUGUGGUAGCCUUCCCAUCCAGUGCCCCGGGGGCAUUCUACAAUGCCUAUAAACAACACCAUCUAUCACUUGUGCCCCUCUGCCACCACCUUCGCUCGUCGCCUUCACCAAGUUCGACCCUUGCACUGCUCUUCCCGCCAUCGCCCAUCACAUCAUUACCACCCUCAUUACCCAAACAAUCUGAGGUCCUCUUAUCCCUUCUUCUCUUCCUUACACCGCAACUACAGCCACUGCAUGACUGGGGUUUCCUGCGGCAAGCUCUCUUGACUGCCGCGGAUCGCUUCGACUCAACUUGUCUUGUAGCGUUUGAAGUCGCCGAUGGUAGGAAGGAUGAAGAGGGAAUGAAGGUCGCAGCAGAGAGUAGCUGGGCUGUGUGGGAGGCUGGAGGGGGAAAGAGAGAGCAAUGGGAGUGCGGGAGGGUCUGGGUGGAGAAGAGGGAAGUCUUCUAUGACUCUGCCAAAUGGGAUUCUGCAGAGAACAUAAUAAAAGCACAAAUGCCAGCAGGAGGUACCACCCGUCAACUCGAUUUCACCCCGAUGGACGCUUUUAUCAGUCACGUCUUGGAAGCUUUCAAAAUAGACGCCGAGACCGCUCAUCGCGUAUUUCCUGUCAAUGCUCGAGUCAUCCUAUCAUUCUGCGACAGGCUUGCCAACGAAGUGAUUGGCGAUUACAUCCACCCACUUCUAUCGCAGGCUCGUGCUGUCUCUCAAGCGCUUUUUCUGAGAGCAACUGCUGCCACGUUCGUGCAAUCGUGGAAGCUUGUCGAUGUCGUCAUGGAGGUGCUUGGGUCAAAGCAGAAGGUCAUUACAAGGGAGCAAGUCGAAGAUUCUGUUUUCAAGAUGUUCGAAGAGCAUCUGGAUGAGUAUCUGGACGACGAGACGGAGUGGGUCCAGCAACAUCUCGAAGACAUCUGUCGGGCAUGGGAAACUCAGCUUGGCACCUCGGAUUCUCCCACCCAGACCAAAUCCACACCUACAUUCCUCACAUCAUCCAAUCCGGAUCAAGUCAAACGCAACGUCCUUGCCUCUUUCAAAGACGCCCUUUUACUCCCGGUAACCAUCGUCCCCCGCACAGUCACUUUUGGUGUCAACGCCAUCGUCACUGGAGGUACCCAGGCUGUGAACGGUCUGGCGAUGUUGAACCCACAAAAGUGGACUGGCAAGAAUGGUGCGGUGAAGGAAGGAGAGGAGGGUGGGGUCGUCUUUGAAGUCAGCGAUGUUGAUGAGAAGGCGGCUGGAGAUAUGGGGGCUGUGGACGUCGGUGCUGGGAUCGAGGAAACGGAAGACGCCGAGGAGGUCAAAGAAGCACUCGAUACUAGCUUGGCGGUCCCGGAAACGAAUGGCCAUUCUUCCAGCCCCUCACAGCUGAACCCGCGUUCGGUCACUCCAGAUCCGUCGGAUGACAAGUCCUUUGACAGACUCCAGCUCUUGGUGUCCCUAGACACGGCCCUCGAGCUUAUUCAAGUGGACCGAGACUCACUGAAAAGAGCAGAGACAUUUGCCAGAUACCCUGGCAAGGCCGGGUAUAAAGUGCGAGAUGCGAUCGAGGAGGUGUUCAUCCUGUUGCUCAAGGCUGCAGGCGACAGACAUAUCGCCCCUGGAUUCCGAAUCGCUACCAACCAAAUGAGCACCUACAAGCCAGCCGAGCAUGAAGAAACCACCAGUGUCGCACCCUUACUACAAUUCUUCGAACUCGUCCACAUCGGCGAUACUAUUCAGUCAAUGGUUCAAGUCUACUUCGAUCAGGAGCUGUCUCCAUAUGUCGACAAAACAGACUUCUUGAACGCAGUUAUGCGAGAAAAGAAGAGGUUUGAGGGCGUACUGGACGAUGCUGUGGCGGCCGGUUUGAAUGCUGGUAUCGAAGUUCUGAUGAAUCAGGUCGAGCACAUCAUUCAAGUCAAGACUGCCCCGAGAGAAUACUAUCCAGAAGCAGACAAACCUCUUGACCUUGGCCCGACAGAAGGAUGUAAGGAAGCUGUUCGAUGUCUGGAGAUGCACUGCAAUCUCUUGAGAGGAAGUACUUCGAAGGAUGUUCUGGAAGUAUUCUAUCAGGAGGUCGGCAUCCGUCUGGAAACCAUCAUCCAACGGCACCUGAAACGCCAGAUUAUCUCAUUGGAAGGUGGCUUUCAGAUCAUCGCCGAUUUGAAUGCCUACUAUGCCUUUGUGGCGUCUCUCAAACAACAGCGCAUCACAGAGGACUUCUCAAACUUGAAGAUGCUGGGCAACGUCUUCAUCGUGUCUGAUGCGAAAGAUCUCGCGCAGAUCGUGAGAGAUGUGACCAGAUACGGAGGCACUUUCACGCCUGAAGACAUCUACGAAUUCAUUCAGAGAAGAGCAGACUGGAAGAAGAUCGAAAAGACGGUCGACAAGGCCAUGUACGCUCUUUCAGUCCGAGAGGACUGUGUAAUCAUGUAG